AUGUCUGAGGUAAGUGAAAAGGGAUUGAUACGACAUUUUUUCACUAGGAGGUAUGAAAAAAUUGUCGAUUCUCUAAUAGUGAAUGAGAUAGAGGACACUGCUUCUAAUUCCAAUAGAGAUCUAAUUCACACCAUUACUGCUUCAUUAAUAAAUGCUUCUAUUGAAAAGUACAAACGCGAUAAAUCUGCUUCGACUGAUGCUUCAUCUGAUCAAGGAUCUGAGAGUAGUGAUAGUUUUUGGAAAGAUGAAAAUUUUAAACAAGAGUAUGAGUUGGAUACCCCUCCUUCUACUUCGUUGCCUGAAGGUGAUGGGUCUCUUAAGGGUGAACAUCAACCUAAGGAGCACUUUUUGGAUAUAUUUGUUGAUAAAUUAAUUAGCAAAAUUGUACCUGAGAAGUUACCUGAAAGAGAACAGUUCUCUGAAAGGGUUUUAUCACCAGAUUUGAAGAAACAUCAACCAAUAUCAGCGUCUACAUUAGGUAGAAACAUGGGUAAAUUAGGCUCAAAAAUGACCGCAAUGUUUGAUAUGCAAGAAACAGUGAUUCGUUUAAUUACCUGGAGAAACCCAUCAGGUACAGUUACCUUGUUGAUUAGUAUGACCAUGCUAUUUUAUAAUCCAAUAAUACUACUGUUACUUCCUUUGGUUACAUUGAUGUAUAUGGUCAUGAUUCCCGGUUAUAUCCAUAGACAUCCCCUUCACAGAGCUAUCUAUCCCAGCAGAACAUCUUAUGGAAGGUCAUUACUCGAAGAUAUUGCUUCCAGUGGUCCAAGUAAUGCUUGGUAUCCGAACAAUACUUUGGUAGAAUCUUUAAAUGAGCUUCAGAGUGGUGAUUCUGGGGCUACAUCUAACUUUAGUGAUACAAAUAGUGUUAGCCAUAGUAUGGCUGUAGUGAUGAAUUUAAGGGAUGUACAGAAUAUAACUACAAGUUUAGUCCAAGUUUCACAGGCAACUGAUAAGUUUAUCUACGGUGCAGCAGGAUUCAAAGAUGAAAGAAGGUCUACAAUUCUUUUUUUCACAUGUUUUUUAGCUACAGGUUGCUUAUGGGCAUUAGCGCCAUAUAUCAACUGGAGCUUUUUUUUUAGUUUUAAUACUUGGCUGAUAUUAAUUUGCAUACAUCCAAAUAUUAGAGAACACCUUCUAAAAUUGAUGGAAUCAGAUAAAGUAGAAGAGGGUAGGAAGGCUUUAGAGAAGAAAGAAAGAUACGACGUAAUUUUGGAUGAAAAACCAGAAGUUAAACAUGUUGAAAUUUUCGAAAUUUUGGAACAAGGAAUAACUCCACACCAUUGGAAAUUCUAUAAAUUUUCAAAUCAAGUCUUUGAUCCACAUGAUCAGUAUAGGAAAUUACAACAACCACCCCCAGGUGUGGAUAAUUUAAAGGAUAUUGAGCCGCCAAGAACAUGGUAUUUUGACGAAAAUGCUCCAUGGGAAGUUGAUCCAAACGCUAAAAAAUGGAGUGAGGAAAGAGGAUUAAACUUGACUAUUAGUGGGCAAUAUUUGGUUGAUGAUCAAUUCAAACGUAGAAGGUUAACAAGGAGAGUUUUACGUUUUGCAAGACCAGCAAAUAAACCUCAAAUUUGA